GACCCUAAUUAUCUCUGUCAACUGUCAGUGUCAGUGUAAACAACUUCAAAAGGAAAAAAUAGCCUAUAAAUUAAAAAGAAGAGAGAAGACAAAUGAGUUAGCAUAGAUGAAACCAAAGAUAUGUCUUCACAGAACAGGAAAGAUUCGAAGGAGGACGAUUCCCUCCGGAGAAGGGUUAAUUUACACUUCCAGUAUCUGUAUGACAGUGCCAUACAGCAGGGGUUCAGUCCUGAUGACUUGUCCAAGAUCGAUGCUGUAAUGGAACUCAGAGAAGACAUCGACAGUUUAGAAAUCCCCAGCUGUGUUUGGAAAUCUUUAGUGGCUUUAUUUAUUUCAUUCUUAGCUAUCGUUAUUGUUUACUUGUCAGAAUGGCCAGUCAAAAAUGAUACUAUUUUCAGACUGUGGCUUGAAACUAAAGGGGUCGAGGAUCCAAGAACUGAAAAGUGUGCGGCAGAACUGCCUGAGUUAUUCCAGGAGAUGGUUCGUCCUCCACCACAGUUUUGUAGAUUUUGCCAAAAUGUGAAAUCCGUCGAAAAAGUGGAAAAUAUUACUCCAGAAAACUUUGAAAAGCGAUAUGCCUACACUGGUAGACCAGUGGUGGUAAAAGAUGGAACUAAAAAUUGGACAGCCUCAGAAUUCUUUUCAUUCCAGUUCAUGAAAUCUAUUUACACCAAAAAUAGCACUGCUUUAGAAAACGUAGAGAAGAAAUGCCAAUUUUUCGCCUACAAAUCCAAUUUCAAAUCAUUCGAGGAAGUGUUUGAAAUGAGUGAAGAGAGAGCAUUCUUGAAGGAUAAAUCAGCACCUUGGUACAUAGGAUGGAGUAACUGUGAUCUAUCAGCUGCGAAUGUCCUAAGACAACACUAUAGCCGUCCAUACUUUCUGCCAAAACAAGCCGAGUCCAGCAAAACAGACUGGAUAUUCAUGGGGAGUCCUGGAUAUGGUGCUUCAAUGCAUAUCGAUUAUGUGAAUAACCCUUCUUGGCAGGCACAAAUCACUGGAACCAAACGCUGGACACUGGAACCUCCCCCAGAAUGUUACUUUGCCUGUAAACAAUCUUUUUUCGAUGUUACUGUCCAGCCAGGGGAAAUAAUUGUUUUAGACACAAAUCUGUGGUUCCAUGCAACACUGAAUGUUGGAGACAACAUAAGCAUUGCCAUUGGAUCAGAGUUUGAUUGACAUUCCAAAGAAAUGCCAAAGAAUAGAAUAAUAUUUUGUAUGUGAAAUAAUAAACUUCUGGUUUAAAUACCAUUAUCCAUAUCAUACCAGUAAUGAUACAAACCUUUUAAUGCCAAAUAAAAUGGUCAGGGUAUAUAGAAUAGAGUUCUUCUCUCCUCUAGCUAGCUCUGUUAGUCAUGCUAUCUGAUUUAUUUUUGGCCAUGGUUGUAGAUAUAGGACUAAUUAUUGGCAUAACAUCUCCAAACAUUGGUGUGAGAGGACUCUUAGGUCCCUUUAAAGUUAUACAUAUUGAUUCAUCCAUUGUAUAGAAGAGUUAUUGCCCUUAGACUUUGAAAUUUCUCAUCUCUCAGUCAGUUUUACCACAGCAAAAAAAAACCCCUUUUUUUGCUGUGGUAAGAUAAUGGGGUGGUUUUUGGUGAAAGCAAUUACCAGUUUCUUUAUACAUGUAUAAUUAACUUAAAGAUUUUGACCGGAAAGUGAUUUCGAAUUAUUUUUUUCACAUACUGUAAACCGUUACUUUUUUUCUUGUGCGAGAAGCCGAGAAAUUUUCACAAAGUUUGUGAGAGCCUUGUCAUCGCAAAUAUUUCUCACUUUAAUCAAGCUCUUAAAUUUACAGUUUCUUUUAACAACAGUUCAAACAAAUGGCUUGAUCAUGAAAAUUAAUCAUCAUGAACUAGUUUACCUCUAGUGAAUUAUGAAAUAAAGUUGUCAUGAAUAAAAGUUGGUCUACAGUAUGUACUUCAAUUUUUUACUUUCAGGAUAUUUUUUUUUUGGCUUUGCUUGUAGAUGAUGAGCUCUUUUUGGUAUAUGUUGUUUAUUUUGAUAUUUUACAGAGCAAUUAAGUUUCAUUUUUAUGAGUUUUUGAAGUUUUUGUCAAAAGUUCACCUUACUCCCAAACUUAUAAAUUAUACAGUGUUAAAUAGUCCAAGCAUAUUUUGCCGAUAUCUUGUUACUACUAAAAUAUCGCAAUAAGAUUUUUUUUGUAUUGGUAUCGCAGUUGACCAGAAUAUUGGCAUAUACUGUAUUAGAAUCAUUAUCAGCUUAGUUUGGACUUUCAGUAAGGCAUGGCACUCUCGGCACUACAUGUUUACCGCCUUGCAAAUGGCGAAUAGAUUCUCAUUGGUUAAGAAAUUAAUAACAUCAGGAACUUUAAAUUGUUUUUGAUAACGAUGAGACGACUUAAGCUCCACCUCUUCGCAGCACGAAACAGUGUAAUUGAUUAUUCGAUACACUAACUGGCAUUUGCCCAAAUUUCUAUCCCAUGUAUAUUUCAACAGUGAAGGAAAGCUGUGUAAUUUCAGAAGCUAAUUAUGUAACGUUGAGAAUGCCACACCUUACUGAAAGUCCAAACUAAGCUGAUAAUGGUCCUAUUGCCCAUCCUAAGCAGUAACAUUAGACAUAUCAUACUACGGUAUUGAAGAAUCUAUAGGUUGAAUAGUACUUUUGAAUUGCUGCAAACAGUGAAAGUAGGUAAAGAAACUAUUCAAGUUUAUUAUUUAUACUUGUACCCUUGAUACAUUUUUUGUAUAUGUGCAAUGUGACCAGAGACCUAUGUUUGAAGUCCCCUGCAUGUUAUUGAUAUUAAUGUUUACAUAUGUUUUUUGAUACACUAUUUAAGUUUUGAAGUGUAUUUUUAUUUUUUGAAAUAAAUGAGAAAAUGUCCAGAAUGAUUUGUUUGUACAGUGAAACCUGUCUA